CUCUCCAGUCGGGGCGCCGCUCCGUGGGUUGCAAAGUUUGUAGCGCGAGGCAGUCAAGGGAGCGCGCCGGCGCGGUCUCCGCUGGGCUCCACGAGGCUCCGGAGAGCCUUGAUCUCUGGCCCGGUGGCGUGGAUACCCGGCGCACAGUGCUACAGCCGCGAGCCAGUCCCGCUACCUCGAGUCCCCGUCAGCGGAGUGUCCCACACGGAUACUCCAGCCGAGAGCGAGGAGCGCAGCCAACAUUGAGGCCUCCCUAAUCUGUCCUCCUGCGCUCAGACCCUUAGCCAUCGUCGCUCAGCCAUGGCUCCAGGUCCUGCUCGGAUCAGCUUGGGGUCCCAACUGCUGCCUAUGGUGCCACUGCUCCUGCUGCUGCGGGGCGCAGGCUGCGGCCACAGGGGCCCCUCAUGGUCCUCACUGCCCUCGACAAAUGAAGGUCUUCAGGGGGACAAGGAACCCCAGCAGUCACCCGGGGACGCAGCAACUGAGCUGGGCCCUGGCACCCAGGACAUGGUCGCUGUCCACAUGCUCAGACUCUAUGAGAAGUACAACAGAAGGGGCACUCGGCCAGGAGGAGGCAACACCGUCCGAAGCUUCCGUGCCAGGCUGGAAGUGGUCCACCAGAAGCCUGUGUAUUUCUUCAACUUGACUUCCAUGCAAGAUUCCGAAAUGAUCCUCACUGCCUCCUUCCACUUCUACUCAGAACCCCCGCGGUGGCCCCAGGCACGUGAGGUAUCCUGCAAGCCACGAGCCAAGAAUGCAUCCUGCCGCCUCCUGACCCCAGGUCCGCCGGGACGCUUGCACCUCAUCUUCCGCAGUCUCUCGCAGAACACGGCCACUCAGGGCCUUCUCCGUGGAGCCAUGGCUCUGGCACCUCCACCAGGUGGCCUGUGGCAGGCCAAGGACAUCUCGUCAAUCAUCAAGGCUGCCCGAAGGGAUGGAGAGCUGCUCCUCUCUGCCCAGCUGGAGUCUGGGGAGAAGGACCUCAGGGUCCCCAGGCCGAGCCCCCGCAUGCCCUAUAUCCUUGUUUAUGCCAAUGACUUGGCCAUCUCGGAGCCCAACAGUGUGGCAGUGACGCUACAGAGAUACGACCCCUUUCCAGCUGGAGACUUAGAGCCUGGGGCAGCCCCCAACAGCUCAGCGGACCCUCGCGUGCGCCGGGCUGCUCAGGUCUCUAGACCCCUGCAGGACAAUGAACUGCCAGGGCUGGAUGAGAGACCUGCACCUGCCCUGCAUGCCCCACACUUCCACAAGCACGAGUUCUGGUCCAGCCCUUUCCGGGCACUGAAGCCCCGCACCGGUCGCAAGGACCGAAAGAAGAAGGACCAGGAUACGUUUGCCACCUCCUCACAGGUGCUAGACUUUGAUGAGAAGACGAUGCAGAAAGCCAGGAGGAGGCAGUGGGAUGAGCCACGGGUUUGCUCCAGGAGGUACCUGAAGGUGGACUUUGCAGACAUCGGAUGGAACGAAUGGGUCAUCUCACCCAAGUCCUUCGAUGCAUACUACUGUGCUGGGGCCUGUGAGUUCCCCAUGCCCAAGAUUGUCCGCCCAUCCAAUCACGCCACCAUCCAGAGCAUCGUCAGAGCUGUGGGCAUCGUCCCUGGCAUCCCAGAGCCCUGUUGUGUUCCAGACAAGAUGAACUCCCUUGGGGUCCUUUUCCUGGAUGAGAACCGAAAUGUGGUUCUGAAGGUGUACCCCAAUAUGUCCGUUGAGACCUGCGCCUGUCGGUAAGACGGCUUCAAGGCAGAAGGCGGUCCGGCUUCAUCCCUGUCCCGCAGAGUGGCGUGCGUGGAGCCAGGACUUGACUCGGGGGCAGUUCUGAGUGCUAGACAGAGCUUAUAGGUAGCCCUGCUGGGACCUAGAAGGAUCUGUCCACCAUAAUUCUUCCAUUUUUCCUUGCUAGUGGUAGCUCUGUAAAGACUUUGAGUUCCUGGAA